CAUGACCACAAAAUGGUGGGUGGUUUUCCAGACGGAAGUUGAUUAAGUUUAUGUUAAUUUUGUUUUUAAUUUUGGAGCACAACUAAUAAAUGAAAAUGCCAACCCAACAGUUAUCACCACAGGAGGAACAAGAAAAGUUGUUAGAAGAAGCUGUAAACAUUGUUAAGAAUCAGUCAUUUCAGAUGAAAAGAUGUCUGGACAAAGGAAAACUAAUGGAUGGUCUAAAACAUGCAUCAACUAUGUUAGGAGAACUCAGAACUUCUAUGCUGACACCAAAAAACUACUAUGAAUUGUAUAUGGCCAUUUCUGAUGAACUUAGGCACUUAGAACUAUAUUUAGUGGAUGAAUUUCAAAAGGGAAGAAAAGUGGCAGAUUUAUAUGAAUUGGUGCAGUAUGCUGGAAAUAUUGUUCCCAGAUUAUAUUUGUUAAUAACUGUUGGAGUUGUAUACAUUAAAUCCAAUGAAUUAUCACGGAAAGACAUUUUAAAAGAUCUGGUUGAAAUGUGUCGUGGUGUGCAACACCCCCUUAGGGGCCUCUUUCUCAGAAAUUAUUUAUUACAGUGCACAAAAAAUGUCUUACCUGAUGUUGAGGAAGAAUCAGCAGGAAAAGAUAAUGAAACUGGAACAGUUAUGGAUUCUAUAGACUUCAUAUUGCUGAAUUUCUCUGAAAUGAACAAACUUUGGGUCCGUAUGCAACAUCAAGGUCAUUCAAGGGACAAGGUCAAACGAGAACAGGAAAGACGUGAGCUCAGAAUCUUAGUAGGAACAAACUUGGUCAGACUUAGUCAACUUGAGUGUAUUGAUAUCGAUAAGUACAAAAAGGUUGUAUUACCUGGUGUAUUAGAACAAGCUGUCAGUUGUAGAGAUCCUAUUGCCCAGGAAUAUCUCAUGGAAUGUAUAAUACAGGUAUUUCCAGAUGACUUCCACCUACAGACCUUAAAUUCAUUCUUAAGAGCAUGUGCAGAAUUACAUGAAAGUGUCAACGUGAAAAAUAUCAUUAUAUCUCUUAUUGACAGGUUAGCACAGUUUGCACAGAAUGAAGAAGGAACUGGUAUUCCACCAGAAAUACAAUUGUUUGAUAUAUUUUCCCAACAGAUUGCACAAGUUAUUCAGAAUAGACCAGAUAUGCCACCAGAAGAUAUUGUUUCUUUACAAGUAGCUCUGAUCAACUUAGCUCUGAAGUGUUACCCUGAUAAAGUGGAAUAUGUAGAUAAAGUCUUAGAAACAACAGAGGAGAUAUUUAACAGACUAAAUCUUGAUCAUUUAGAGCAUGGCAGUCCAGUAUCUAAGGAGUUAAUAAGACUGAUGAAGAUUCCAGUGGAUACCUAUAACAAUAUACUAACAGUUUUACAGUUACAACAUUUUGGACCAAUGUUUGAGUACUUUGACUACCAGAGCAGGAAGAUCAUGAGUUGUUAUAUUAUAAAUAAUGCUUUGGAAAACGAAACCCUCAUACCAAGUCAAGAACAGGUUGAUUCCAUCUUAGGAAUUGUUAGUGUUCUAGUCCAGGACCAAUCAGAUCAACCAGAGGAAGCAGAUGACCCAGAAGACUUUGCAGAAGAACAGGGAAUCAUGGGAAGAUUUAUUCACUUGUUAGAAGCAGAAGAUCUGAAUCAGCAAUAUCUAAUUUUAAAUACAGCACGGAAACAUUUUGGUAAUGGUGGAGACAAAAGAAUAAAGUUUACAUUACCUCCAAUAGUAUUUUCUGCAUACAGACUUUCUACGAAGUACAGAGAGAUCCAAGAAGAGGAUGAAAACUGGGAAAAGAAAUGUCAGAAAAUAUUUUCCUUUUGUCACCAAACAAUAGGAGCUCUGAUAAAAGCAGAAAUGGCAGAGAUUCCAUUACGGCUUUAUUUACAAGGUGCCAUGGCAGCUGGACAAGUAGCAUUUGAAAAUCAUGAAACUGUUGCUUAUGAAUUUAUGUCACAGGCUUUCUCUUUAUAUGAAGAUGAAAUAAGUGACAGUAAAGCUCAGUUGGCAGCUAUUUCAUUAAUAAUAGGAACUUUAGAACAAAUGUCAUGUUUUGGUGAGGAGAACCACGAACCUCUGCGGACACAGUGUGCUUUAGCUGCGUCUAAACUUCUAAAGAAACCAGACCAAUGCAGGGGUGUGUCAACGUGUUCACAUUUGUUCUGGUCAGGGGAGUCUGCUGCAUCAGAAGGGGAGAUGAAGGAUGGUAAACGUGUAACAGAUUGUUUAAAGAAAGGUGUUAAGAUAGCAAACCAGUGUAUGGAUAGUUCUGUACAAGUUCAACUUUUUGUGGAAUUACUCAAUCAUUAUAUUUACUACUAUGAGAAAGGCUGUGAUCAGGUGACAGUUCAAGUAUUAAACCAGUUGAUAACUAAGAUAAAAGAGACAUUACCUAGUUUAGAAGCCAAUGAAGAAACUGAACAGAUAAAUAAACAUUUUCAAAAUACAUUGGACCAUUUACGUCUCAAAAAAGAGAAUCCAGAAAGUGAAGGAGUGUCAUAUGAAUCAUUAUCAGUUUAACAGACAUUUAGUUUUUGGGAAAUCAUACUCAGUUGUUGAUCUGUCUUUGGUUUGAUAAUUGAAUACUGUAAAUUCAGAACUUAUUGUGUGCAUUUAUAAUUACAUUUUUUAUAGAAAGGACAACAUGUGAGAUUAACUAUUGCCAUUUUAAGAAAAUCUACAAACAGAUAUAUGUAUCUGAUAUCAUAAUUUGAGCUCUUAUUAUUGCAAUACUCAACCAGUCGCAUUAUUCACAAUAAUUUCUGAAUUUACAGUAAUGCAUACACACUUUGAUACAGGGAAGAAUGCAAGGACUUAUGAAGUCAACAUGAUACGGGGACAGUUUGCUUGAUUAAAUUAGUUUAUGUGCUUGCCAAACAGUUAAGCUUAAGAAGUGAACCAGCACAUGUUGUCAGGACCUAAAAUCACUUAACUACUAAAAUCUUACUACUUGUUUCUGUUAGACUAUACGAGAGACAUCACUUUCCCCUACAGUUGUAUGAGCCAUGAUUUUUAAUGUUUUUGUACAAUAUGAAUAUUGUUUUAUUAUAAAUUAAAAAGUAUUGAUAUGGUUAAGGAUCAGUAAACUUUUCGAAUCAUGAAAAACAAACUUGAGCAAAAUGGCCAGAAUUUUUUAAGUGUUGGUUCUAUUUAUUCCUAAGUUGAAUUUUCUCAUCUGCACAUUUGUGCAAAUCUUUCUUUAUUUUUUUGGAUAAACUGCACUGAAUAACUGUACAUUCAGAAUUUAUGUGUGCUAGUAAUUACAGGGGCAUUAGCUGUCAACAACUUUCACUUGUGUAACUAUGUAACAGAUUUUGCACUUUUUAUACUACUAUGAAUUCAUUUAUUUUUCGUGGGUAUCAAUUUUUGUGUUUUGGGGAACACUUGCAAAUUCAUUGAUAUUUGAUUUUGUAGUUUUGCCAGUGCCAGCAUACAUUUCAAUAGAUAUUUGAAAUUCGUUUAACAUUUAAAUUCAUGGUUCCUCUGUACCCAUGAAAUCCAUGAAAAUUAGUAUCCAAUGAAUAAAUAGUGAAUCCAUGUAGUAUUUAUACUUUAAUGCAGUGUAAAUAAUUACAGCAACUAUUUGUCUGCAUUGCAGUGUUGAUUGUAUGUGAAUAUAGAUCAAAACUGAAUUAAUUUGUUUCGGACUCCUGCAAUACAUAUUUAUUGAGAUAUAAGACACUUGUAAUAAAAUUUGAUGUACUUUCUUUCGUCAUAAACAGGAGUAUGUUUUCCUUCAUCUGUUUUAGCUGUUAUUGUUGUCUGUGUAUACAGAAUAAAAUAUUUAGAAAUA